AUGCCCGCCCUUUUUGUCGCUUCUCUUGGUAAUCCUCCGCCAAAAUACCAGAAGACCCUGCAUUCCGCAGGGCACAUCCUCAUCCGCGCGCUCGCAGAAUACCUCUGCGCCAACUCCUUCGCACCAACGCCGCUUCUCGCCAGCGGCCUUACCACAGAGGCAUACUUACCGCGCUCGCAGACGAAAUUAACCCUAUGGCAAUCGCCCACUCUCAUGAAUGUUUCCGGCCCAACCUUGGUGCGCGCGUAUAAAAGCUGGCUAACUCGAGAACGAGCACCGGCUGUUCUCUCUCCCAGUAUACACCCGACAGGUAUCAAGAAGAAGAAGAGCCCGAUGCGGCCGCCGCUGAGUCUGAUAUUGGUACAUGACGAGCUAGAGCUCCAGGCUGGUGAGCUCCGGAUACGUCGUGGAGGCGCCGAGCUGUCUGCUCGAGGUCACAAUGGGAUAAAAAGCGUGACGCAGAGCUUGGUCAAAGCCAACCUUCUACCAGCGUCGUCAAAACUCGGAGGGAAACAUUCUGGUGGAGGGGACGAUGUAGAUGUGCCCCCGAUUCUACUCCGCGUGGGCAUUGGAAUUGGGAGGCCUGCGUCUCGCGAUCCUAAUACCGUAGCGGACUACGUGCUGCGGGAAAUGCGUGGUUUUCAAAUCGACCAGACUUGCCAGCAAGCAGGACGUCUUGCUGAUAUGUUGGAGACAGAAAUGGCUACAGUGCAGCCCUGA